UGUUACUAUUUUGCUUCACAGCUGCAGAAACUCGCUCAUUUGGAUUACCAUUUGGAUUACAAUCACCUCUAUCGCAAAUAAUUAUUUUUUAUGGAUUUGUGUUCCAAGUUCUAUACCUGUCUUGUUCUUUUGGUGUCAUUUGGUUUGGAAUUCAUCAUCUGAGGGCUGAGAAAGUAGAUGUCUUUGAAUGGCUAUACAUAAAGUUAAAUCCUCUGAAAAAAAAAAAAGUGUUUUAGUCAGUAUUUUUGACUGCAGCAGUAACAAGUUUUGUUUUUGGAUUUUAUUUAAUAUGCUGCUUAGAACUAAAUAGCUAUGUCUUUGACAGGAUCUUUAAUUGAGGAAGAAAAACAGCUCUGUAGGACUAUGAUGUCGUACUGGGCCAAUUUUGCUCGGAAUGGGGAUCCAAAUGGAGCAGGAUUACUCCAAUGGCCAGUAUAUGACACCAGUGAACAGUACAUGGUUCUGAACUUAAAGCAAAGCAUUGGAAGAAAGCUAAAGGAAACACGAAUGGAGUUUCUGACAAAAAUUUUGCCUGAAAAGUUGGAAAAGCUAAAAGUUCCAAAGGAAGGCCAUGGUGAACUGUAGAUGUUCUGCCCUUCCAGGCUACAUUUUUGGAUAUUUUUUCAAUAAAUACUUCUACACAAAGUAAGAAUUUGUGAGCUUUCUUCUUGUUUUAUAUGUACAGUAUGUGGCUCUUUAUGUGCUUCUGCUUGAGCAAAAUCAUAAACUGGAACUCAGGCUUCUUUAAAGUAAAAGAUUAUUAAUAACA